CCAGUUCCUGCCCUGCAGGCAGGCUGACUGUUCCCGCAUUGCUGUCCUGCCGAGUCUCAACCUUCUCUCAAUUUCUUGACUGCGGUCUCCAUUUGAAUUGAUGGCUGAACCAGGGCUAUCGUUCGGAAGCAAUGAGUUUAAAACCCUUCACCUACCCGUUUCCAGAGACAAGGUUUCUUCAUUCAGGAUCUAAUGUGUAUAAAUUCAAAAUCAGAUACGGCAACAGAGUCAGAAGGGAAGAUGUAGAGAAUAAGGAAGCCAUCGUCCAGGAGCUGGAGGUCCUGACCGAGAGGGAGGCAGCAGGAGCCGCGAGGAAGAAACGAAAACGCACGGAAGUGCCCAGCCCCCCCAGCAGGCCCGGGCCGGACAGGGCCAGGAUGAGGACGGCCAGCCAAGGUCCCGGCAGAAAGAAGCUCCCUACGGAGACCAGCAGGACCCGGGAAAGAAGAACCCCACAGGAGUGUCAGGAGGCCUCAGCACUUGGUGUCACUGACGUCCAGGAACAGGAUCCCCGGUGGGAGGACAGCCAGGCAGGGGACGUCAUCCUGCCAGGGCAGCAGAGCAGUCCGUCUCCACCUGACGGGCCCGAGGACCUGGGAACCAGUGGCUUCCUGGGGUUUCUAAGCUCCCUCUUCCCGUUCCGGUACUUCUUCCGGAGGAGCAGCCAGUGAGCCUUCCACGGACGCAGCGGCGGCGGCGGCGGCGGCAGGAGUGCGCGCUCCCGGUGGCUGCCCUCUGCCUGCCCCGGCUCCCCGGUCCUCCCGUUGGUUUGCCCUGUCC